ACCCGCGCCGCGCCGACCCGUAGCCCGGCCCCCGGAUCACAGAUAUCGCGUAGCGGAGCGGCAGCAGACCGCAGCGCCGCGCGAUGGACGAGAAGGGCGAGAGCGUACACUUGCAGGCGGUCAGCGACCCCGCCGAGAGCUCGUCGCCGAUACCUGCCAAGGAAGAUUCGGACGAGGACUAUGACCCCCACUUACAUCGUCAACUGCCGAAGCCCACGAACAACAUGGAGACGCUGGUGCACCUGCUGAAGUGCAGCCUCGGCACCGGCAUCCUGGCGAUGCCGCAGGCCUUCGCUCGCGCCGGCCUGGUCACCGGCAUCAUCGCCACCGUGCUGGUCGGCGUGCUCGUCACACACUGCCUGCACGUGCUCGUGCGCGCGCAGUACGCGGCGUGCAAGCGGCGCCGCGUGCCGCAGCUGUCGUACCCCGAGGCGGCGGCCAGCGCGCUGGGCGGCGGGCCGGCGGCGCUGCGGCGCGCCGCGCGGCCGGCCGCGCUGGCCGUGGACGUGUUCCUGGUGGUGUACCAGCUGGGCAUCUGCUGCGUCUACAUCGUGUUCAUCGCCGACAACAUUAAGAAGGUAGUGGAUCCGUACUACGACAUGGAUGUCGAGGUGCACAUGCUCAUCAUCCUGGGCCCGCUCAUCGCCUUCAACCUCAUCCCGAGCCUCAAGAUGUUGGCACCGUUCUCCGCCUUAGCCAACGUGAUGACGUUUGUCGGGCUGGGCAUCAUCGUGUACUAUCUGCUCGCGGGCAAGAAGCCGGAAGCCCAGGGAGAAGCCUUGGACCUGUGGGGGUCGGCGGAGACCUUCCCGUUGUUCUUCGGGACGGUGCUGUUUGCGCUCACCGCGGUCGGAGUGGUGAUUGCUCUAGAGAACAAUAUGAAGACGCCGAAAGCCUUCGGUUCGCCGUGUGGAGUCCUGAACACCGGAAUGACAAUUAUAGUGAUACUCUACGUAGCCGUCGGGGCAAUAGGCUACAUCUUCUGUGUGUCGAAGUGCAGUGACUCCAUCACAUUGGACCUGCCCAAAGGCGAUCCUCGUGCUGGCGGCGGCGGUGCCCCGGCUCGGGCUCUUCAUAUCGCUGUUCGGCGCGCUGUGCCUCUCGGCGCUGGGCAUCUGCUUCCCGGCGCUCAUGGAGCUCUGCGUGAACUUCCCGCGGCGCGCCAGCGCAGCCCGCAGCGUGCUGUUCGGAAAGGACAUUCUGCUGUUCAUCAUCGGCAUAGUGGGCCUGGUGGCGGGCACGUACACGGCGCUGGUCAGCAUCGUGCGCUCGUUCCAGCCGGUGGCCGAGGAGGUGCCGCGCGCCUAGUGCCGCCCCGCCGCGCCGCCCGCCGCCGCACCGAGCGCGCGGAUCCUCAGAGCAAAUAUGAACUUGUGUACUUUUACUACGAUCUGAUAAGCAUACAGUGAGGGGAUGCGCUAUGAUUGUAACGCAAUUAAUUAUUUCAGAAGCGCAGUGCUGCGCGCACAGAUACGGCAACCUCGUAGAGAACAGGUUAAAAUACUUUCAAUCAAAUCUUCAAUUGCUCUUGUACGCCAGUCGCCUGCGUCCCGAGCCCUGUAACUCAUUGUUUUUAAUAUAAAUAGGAAAAAAAAAUUUGCAGAUAAAUUCAUCUCUUACGAUGAUUACCGCACCCCCUGCACUGCUUUGGACUGCUGUUUGAAAUAGCUUCAGAAUAAGACACUCUGCUGUGUAGUAGCUGCACGCUCACUCUUACAGCUAGCUCUAACUUUCUGCCGGUUUAUUAGAACACGUGGUCGUUAGGUUAUUCUCUAUUCCGGCAAAACCUACCGUAACCUACAGUUAUUCGGAGCGCAAAUGUGUAUGUGACGAUAUAAUUUUAGUAUGAAUGCUAUGGAGUCAACCGAUGACGGGUUCACCUAGCUGCAAGGCCGGCGGCCUGAGCCUGAGUUAUUAGCAGAGCUUGGUGGCGGCGGCUUGCAACGACGUAAAACUCCCAACGCGGCUGGCUGUGAGGCGCAGUCUCAUCAAUGUUACCGAAGUAGUUGUGAUACAUUUAUAUGCUAUUAUUUUUAGAUUAAAUGUAAAUAAUAUGAUAA